UAACGUCACGAUUUUAGCAAUGGCGUCAGCAAUGUGGUGGUGUUAAGCACAGCUGACUCGAUUUUUCCCGUAAUGUGUCCUAGUAGACGAUUGGUGGUGGUGAUUUGGAACAAUUGCGUGUUUGUCAAGGCACCCGCGACGCUAUGUUCGUAUUUGUGAUACAAAAGUCAAAUUCGAGUGAAUUUUUUUAAAGUUAUAUAAUGCACUCGUUGUGGUUAACUGGUAGACUUAUAUCGCGUGCUAUUUUCAAUGGAAUCAGCAAUAUUUCAACGGCGGCCGAUCCCAAUUUGCAGAAAAAACCAGACCCCCAAUUGGUUUCGGCCGUUUGUGGCUUCUCAAAGGAGAGGGGAAUACAGAGACUGAUCAAGGGACAAUUCGGGGAUGAUGCGUGGUUCACAGCAAGACACAAGUCGGCGGAUGUUUUGGGUGUCGCUGACGGUGUCGGGGGCUGGCGGGCCUACGGCAUAGACCCCGGCGAGUUCUCCCUCCACUUGAUGCGGACUUGUGAACGUCUCGUCAAAUUUGGCCGUUUUACCCCAACUAACCCCUCGGAACUCUUGGCUAGGAGCUACUGCGAAUUGUUGCACCACAAAAAGGCCAUUUUGGGUAGUAGCACAGCUUGUGUUGUUAUACUCAAUAAGGAUAACAAUACUUUAUACACCGCAAAUAUCGGAGAUAGUGGUUUUAUGGUUGUGAGAAAAGGCCGUGUGAUACGUAAAAGUGAAGAACAGCAGCAUUAUUUCAAUACUCCGUUUCAAUUGUCGUUACCGCCGCCUGGAUAUCAGGCCGAUGUCUUGUCCGAUCAACCGGACUCCGCCAUUACGGAUAAUUUUCCAGUCGAGGAUGGAGAUGUUAUUCUGGUGGCCACCGACGGAGUUUUCGAUAAUUUACCCCAAAAUCUACUCGUCAAUGAGCUGAAAAAGGUUCAAGGCGAGCGUUGCGCUAGCCGUCUUCAAAUGGUGGCGAAUUCCAUUGCUUGGAUGGCUCGCAAUUUAUCGUUUGAUGAAACGUUUUUCUCUCCAUUCGCCCAAAGUGCUUUUGCCAAUGGUAUCAAUACUAUCGGCGGGAAACCGGACGACAUAACCGUUUUGUUGGCAACUGUUGCAAUAUGAAAAUUUAGGCAAAAAACUGAAUCGGUUCCUUUACUGCUAAUUUUUUAUUUACGGAUGCUUGUAGGGAAAUUUUCAAGUGCUAUUAAGACGUUUUAAGUGAUUAUGAAACCAAAUUUCAUAAAACCUAAUAUUUAGGUUUUACCGUGUUUCACUUAUUUUUAGUUAGGUAUACUCAUCACUUGUUUUAUUUGUGCAAAACUGUGAAUUUUUAGUUUUAAUAAAUAGUUGUUACAAGUA